AUGAAUAAAUUAUUUUGUUUAAUUGAGCAAAGGGUACCUAUAAUAUAUAUAAAUAUAGAUGAACAAUGUCUUACAUAUGAGUCACAAAUCAUAAUAACUGAUUUUCUAAAACCAAUUCUAUCAGUGAAUGCAUAUUAUGUCAAAAAUUUUCUAAGGUUUUAUAUUUCAAAACUUGAAAAAUCGGGAGAAGAGACAAGUGAUGAGUUAUAUGAAUUAUUCGUAGAUCCGAUACUAUUAAAGGCUAAGGAAUUAAAUGCUGAUACUCCAGAUAUAUUAAAAUAUUAUAUUAAUGGACUUAAUGAAGAAUCAAAUGACGAAAAUGAUUCAGUAUUGAUUAAAGAAACCCCAAGGUUAAUUUCUGGUAAUAAUACAACUGGUUUACGUACUUGGGAAGCUGCUUUAUUUUUAUCUAAUUAUCUAAAUGACAAACAGAUCAGACCGUAUGAUUUAAAAGACAAACGAGUGUUGGAAUUAGGCUGUGGAACAGGUUUGAUUUCCUUAUCAUUAGCUAAAAAUUAUCAUAAUAAAAUUGGGAAGCUAGAUAGGACAAUAAUGACAGAUGGAUCAAGUAAUGUAUUUGAUAAUAUGAAUGAAAGUCUAUCAAUGAAUAAACUAGGCAACAGCUUGAUAUCUUGUCAACAAUUAAUCUGGGGUGAAGAAAAUAACGUCAAUGAUAUUGAUUUGCUACUAGGUGCAGAUAUAACAUACGACUCAAGGAUAUUAGAGCCAUUAUGCUCUACAAUUAAUCAAUUUUUCAACAGGGGACUAUCAUUAUGUUUAAUUGCAGCAACUGUCAGAAAUGAAGAAACGUUGAAUAAUUGGGAAAAAGAGCUAAAUAAGUGGUUUUUAAACAGGUGGAAAAUUGCAAAAGUAUUUAAAGUGAAUGAGACUAACUCACAAUGUUGGUUUGAUCCAAAUACACCUGAUAUAAAGUUGUAUGAGAUUGUAAAUAGUUAA